AUGUCAGUUAGAGAGCCUUUCGAAGAUCUUCGCGACGACGGCUUCCUCACGGACCCGUCCUCCGAGUUCUUCGAUUUCCGCCGGCUGCUUUUGGCGCCCGCCGGCGGCAUGUCCUGCGACGAAGGCGACUCACCGCCGUUGUUGGAGCUGCGGCGCGGGCGCCGGUGCCGGGAGCUGCCGGUGGAGGACUCCUGGGCGGAGGACUCCAUGGAGGGGUCGGAGGAGCGCUGCUGGCGGCGUGUGCUCUUCUGUUUGGGCGCUUCGCCGUCGUUGUCCAAGGAUUGGGCCCGGGCCUUGGGAAUGUUUUGGUUGCGGUUCUUCGAACGUUUCGAAGUGUUCUCGCGUUCACCUGAAUUUAAAUACGUGAAGUAG